AUGUAUGUGAAUGCCACAAUAUGCACUAGUUUGUAGAUGGACAAUAUCAAGCUCGACGCCAUCUUGAUUAAAUCUGAAGCACAUAUGAGCAUUUGAUUUUUGUCUUCGUCAAUUUUUUUUAUUAUCGACUUUGUCAACGUGCUUUUGGAAUAUACAUUACGAAAGUUAGAAUAGCAGCUUACUUGUAUAUCGGGUGAGAUAUAUUUUGUAUCGUUUGGAGCAUGAAAAUGUCUGGAUUUUAAACACAGAACUGAGAUACGAAUGUGAAGAAGACGAAGAAGACACGAAUGUAUAAAGAAGAAACAGGUUUGGUUGUCUAACGAGGGAGAGUUGUGAUCAUGAAUACGUUGUACAAGUUGUUGUUGACGAUUACGCUAGCCUUGCUUAUCAGCAUUUUCAUCGUAUUUGAACGACAAAUAUCUCCUCGGUAUACCCAGCCCAUGAAGUCAUCCAAGAAAGACUCGACUCGCCUGAGAAUCUCUGCCAAAGAACAAAGAUGGAAACAAAACGAGUUGAGGAAGCUAUCAUAUCUUAUACAGCAGAGACUCCAUUUUCUACAGAACCCUCCAGAUUGCAGAAAAGCCAAGAAGAUUUUAUGCACCUUUAAAAAGACAAGCGGGUUCGGUAGCAAGGUACACCAUUUGUCGUUCUGCAUGUUGAUGGCGUACGGGAGUGGGAGGACCCUUAUUCUUGAGUCCGGCGAGGGAUGGGCCUACUUUAAGGAGGGAUGGGACAAGUGCUUCCGCCCUUUCAGUGAGACUUGCCUUCAUGGAACAGGCGAGACUACAGCUUUCAACAAGUGGCCAAUUCCUGAUGGAAAUGAAAGCAUUCAAGUGGUGGAGCUCCCCCUCAUAGUAAAAUUUAUGGAAACUAACGAAAAGCCAGUUUUCUUGCCCUGGGCUGUUCCAGAAGACAUCUCGGAGAGACUGAGGAGAGUCCACAGUAAACCCCACAUCUGGUGGAUAGGACAGAUCAUCACCUACAUUCUGAAACCUCAGCCUCAAACCCAAUCAUUGAUUGACAAUAAGACAACUGCCUUGGGAUUCGCACAUCCGAUCGUUGGCAUUCAUGUCAGGCGUACAGAUAAACUCGUUAGGGAAGCCACAUAUCAUGGUAUUGAGGAGUACAUGGAUCAUGUAAAAAAAUACUACCAGGAAUUGGAGAAGAGAAAAGCAGUGUCCGUCAGGAGAGUCUUCUUAGCAACAGACGAGGUCGGUCUGCUCUACGAAGCCCAGAAUAAAUACCCUGAUUAUUUGUUUGUGAGUGACAAUAAUAUAUCUCAGUCAGCCAAUGUAUCAUUACGACGGUCAGAGGAAUCUUUGAUGGGUAUCAUCGUAGACCUUCAUCUUCUGGCUCGCUCGGAUUUUCUUGUUUGCACUUGCUCUUCGAAUAUAUGUCGACUGGCUUACGAGAUGAUGCAGCAUUCCAAUCUAGAUGCCUCCAAAAAACUCCACUGCGUUGACAGACGAUAUUACUGGCAUGGGGAAAAUAUCAAACUCAAAACAGCAAAGAUGCCUGUGUAUGAAGGGGCUGAGAACUUUCACUUGCAUGGUGUGUGACGCCUGAUAAGCUGCCUAGCUUAUUCCACAAGCUCUCUUUGAUAGUUAUUAUUUGUUCGGCGUGAUGGUGAACUAAGCGAACGUUAACAAUCUCUUCUUUAAGUUACCAGAAUCCAGCGCGAUAAUAAUAAUUACAGUGCUUAUAUAGCGCAUAACACUUACUUUGUCAGAAGUCUCUAAGCACUCUACAAUAAUGCAGCAUAAUUACCCUGGCUUGAGCAGUGCAGCUGUUACGCGCGCUGCGUUUCGAUACUUUCUGACAGAUUUCUCCAUUUGAUUUUCCUACAUUUGAAGGUGCAACAUUUUCAGCCGCUGAUAAAAAGUCGCUGUAUGCAGCCUAGCUUUGAACAUACAUUGUACGUGUAAUGUUACAUGGAUUCAUGUUCCCUCAGCCUCGACCUCUAUAUGACCUCAUCUUAUAUUGUCGGAGACUCUGAGGCCCGAAUUCACAAAGGAGGUUUGUCGACAAACCGAGGUUUGUGUACGUCAUAAUCGUUUUGACGCGUUUUUUUUUUUACAAACCUGGUGUGUAAAACCUGAGUGCGGGCAUAUGAUUGAAACCUAAUCUUGGUUUAUAACAGGAGACACUGUGUCGUGAUUACCACAUUUUGGCUGAUAUAAAAAUUACUCUACCAAAUUCUUUAAAAAUCGUGAUUCUAGGGUAA